GUAUAUAUUUAACCUACUAUACUAAUAAGAUUUCAGGGUGAGCGAAGGGAAUAAAAGCGGCACGGCUUUAAGUGCAUCGUACACAAAAAGUUAUGUGUUAACGUUUUGUCUUCUAAAACCAUUAGUGUCAAAAUUUAUUGUUACUGUUUAUUCUAGAAAUCUUAGAAAAUUUUGGCAUUUUCCUAAUAUGACUAGAUCAAAGAUAGAAUUAGGAGAUGUAACACCACACAAUAUAAAGCAGCUGAAGCUUCUUAACCAAGUAGUUUUUCCAGUCUCAUAUAAUGAGAAAUUUUACAAGGAUGUAUUAGAAGCUGGAGAGCUAGCAAAACUAGCAUAUUAUAAUGAUAUAGUAGUUGGCGCAGUUUGUUGCCGAGUAGAUACUUCUGAAAAUUCUAGGCGUUUAUAUAUUAUGACUUUGGGAUGUCUUUAUCCCUACAGAAGGUUAGGAAUUGGUACUGUAAUGGUACAACAUGUUUUAAACUGUGUAAACAAAGAUGGAAACUUUGAUUCAAUUUUUCUCCAUGUUCAAAUUAGCAAUGAAGGAGCCAUUGACUUUUACAAAAAAUUUGGAUUUGAAAUAGUUGAAACAAAAAUACACUAUUAUAAGAGAAUAGAACCAGCGGAUGCUCAUGUAUUACAAAAGACAUUACGUACUAGAACAAAUCAAACAAAUAAUCAACAAACUAAUCAAUGAAAAUCGUUAAUCAUUAAUUUAUCACAUCCUAAGAACCACAUGUUUUCACAAUUUGGUAAUAAAAUUAUUUUUAUUGUAUAUUUUCCAGUGUGUUAUAAGUUAUAAAAUUAGAAUUUUAUAAAUAAUUUAAUAAAGUUGACAAAUACAAUGUACUUCCAUGUAAAGAAAAAACGUAACGUAAUAAACCUUAUAAAAUGUUAAUACUUACUUAAAGACAAAGAAAGAAUCUUUACAUUUAUUAUCAAUUAUUUAUACUUUUAUUUUUUGUAUGCAAUUUCACUACAUUGGCAUUACCUUCAUAAUAUAUUAUAUGUAGCACAUUUUAUGUUUGUCGACUAAAUUAAAUAUGUAAGUAAUACAAUAUAUCUAUGCUGUGAACCGAGAGAUUUAAAUACAUUUCACGAUUACCGUA